CAGUAAUCUCCUCAAAAGAGUUUGUUUCCACAUGCAUCGACACAUAAUCUGCGUUGUCUACAGUUUUGAGGACGUAGCUCUCGGAGUAUGAAGAUUGCACUGCUACCUGUCGUUUUUUCGGCGAUUUCAGUAAGGGCUUUCCUGCCGACUCGUCCCAGCCCUGCCACACAGUAUUUUAGAUAUGGUCCCCGACUCGCUACGGCUUCGUUGUCUCAGGCUGCUGGCGCCGCCGUGAGCAAGGCUCCAGUAUUCGACGAAGUUUGCGAAACCACUGGUGUGACGCUGACGCGCUUUAUGAACGAAGUCGCCACGCUCAACCCCGACCUCAAAGAGCUCACAACACUGUUUGGAGCCAUCGAUACGGCCUGUAAGGCAAUCAGCAACCUCGUCAAACGAUCUCAGCUUCCCUCCAGCGACACACUAGGAUUGGAAGGUACACUAAAUGUACAAGGCGAAGAUCAAAAGAAACUCGAUGUCAUCACGAACGACUUGCUGAAACGAGCAUUGCGUUUUACCGGACGGCUCGGAGUGUUGGCCUCCGAAGAGGAAGAUGUGCCAGUUGACUUGUUGAGGAGUGGGCUCCAUAAUAGAGGUUCGGAAAUUUUGAUUGAAGAAGGCGAAAAAUAUGUAGCCGUCUUUGAUCCGCUGGACGGCUCUUCCAAUGUGGAUGCGGGUAUACCAACUGGGACCAUUAUUGGUGUCUACGAGCACGACGAAAGCUGCAAUACUAAUCUCGAAUGCACGCCGGAAGAAUGCACGGAGCAAGAAGCACAAUGCUUGGCAAAUACGUUACAGCCCGGCACCAAUCUAGUGGCGGCUGCCUACUGCCUUUAUUCGUCAUCAACUUUCUUUGCAUUGACGCUUGGCAACGGGGUCUAUAUCUUUACUUUGGACGAAACUAUUGGGGAAUUCAUCUUGUCGAAGCCUAGCGUACAGAUUCCGGAGAGCUCUUCGAUUUACUCCUUUAACGAAGCCAAGCUCGAAAUGUGGGACGAACCGAUGCGCAAAACUGUCAAUUCAUGGCGUGAAGGAACGGGAAAGAGUGGGAAGAUCUUCUCCAGCCGCUAUAUUGGCAGUAUGGUUGGCGAUGUUCACCGCACACUAUUGUACGGCGGCGUGUUUGGAUACCCCGCCGACAACGAGAACCCCAUUGGUAAGCUUCGCUUGUUAUACGAAGCAGCCCCAAUGUCUUUCAUCAUGGAGCAGGCGGGUGGUAUCUCUACUACUGGUAUGCAGCGUGUCAUGGAAAUUCAGCCUCUAAUGGUACAUCAACGUGUUCCAGUGAUUAUGGGGUCAAAGAACGAUGUCUUAGAGGUGAUUGACGCAUACACCGCAGCGAGCAAUGAAUGA